AUGUCCAACCCAGAAGCCCUCAAUUUCACCAUCAUUUUGAUUUUCCAAUUCAACUAGCUCCUCAUUCUUCCAGAAAUUUUCUGUUUUGUGACUGUCCCUAAUCUGGAUUCGAAAAAAAAGUUUAUUACCUUACGAAGAUUCAAACCGGCCCCAUUUGAAUAUCGGAGAGAAACAACAAUAUUAAAAAGAAUAUGUCUGUUUUCUCCUUUCCCUCCCUUCUUUCUCCCUCUUAGCCUAACAGUCGAGGGAGAGAAGCGUGUGUGUGUGGCAAAUGGGGGCGUACAGGGCUGAUGACGAUUACGAUUAUUUGUUCAAAGUUGUGCUGAUCGGCGACUCGGGGGUGGGCAAAUCGAACCUCUUGUCGAGGUUUACUAAGAAUGAAUUCAGCCUCGAAUCCAAGUCCACCAUUGGGGUUGAGUUUGCUACCCGAAGCAUUCAGGUCGAUGAUAAGGUUGUCAAGGCUCAGAUUUGGGACACAGCAGGUCAAGAAAGGUAUCGAGCAAUCACGAGUGCAUAUUAUCGAGGGGCUGUUGGGGCUUUACUAGUCUACGAUGUCACCCGCAAUGUUACAUUUGAAAAUGUGGGGAGGUGGCUGAAGGAGCUGAGAGAACACACAGAUGCCAACAUUGUUGUAAUGCUUGUAGGGAACAAAGCAGAUCUUCGUCAUCUAAGGGCAGUUUCAACCGAGGAUUCUACAGCUUUUGCUGAGCAAGAGAGCAUAUUCUUCAUGGAAACAUCUGCACUUGAAUCUAUGAACGUAGAAGAUGCCUUCACAGAAGUGCUGACACAGAUCUAUCGUGUCGUGAGCAAGAAAGCGCUUGAAGUUGGGGAUGAUUCAGCAACUUUACCCAAAGGACAGACCAUUAAUGUUGGAUCGCGUGAUGAUGUAUCAGCUGUGAAGAAAACUGGAUGUUGCUCUGCAUGAGCUUAGCGUGCAGGAAAAGUUUCUCUGUAUUCCGUGCUUUAAGCUCCUUGACUUGUUUAUAUCCUUUAUCCUUGUAGAGAUUAGAGAUUACUGGCAUUUAAAAAAAAAAAAAAUCAAUGUAGAGAUUAGCCUUAUAGCAUGACGGUGAUUCUCUAGGGAGCAUUGAGCUUAUGAUCAUUCUGUUUUGUUUGUAGAGACACUAGGUGUGGGGCUCAUGUGUUGCUUGGAAUCUGAGGUGUGAACUUCAUUACUUAUGGCUUAUAAAUAGAACAACUUCCUAUAAGAUCAUAUAUUAUAUUCACCAGUUCAAUGUUA